ACAUAGCAGAGAAAGAAAGAAGCGCGCUUCAUCCUCUACUCUCAGCAGCAGCAGCAGCAGCAGCGCUACGUUUCAUCCGUCUGCCACAAGGAUGGGAGAGUCCUGUUGACACCACGGAGAGAUACACGCUGAGACCGAGCAUGGCUGUGGACGCGGCAUCCAGCUUCAGUUUCUGCCGUGCCUCCCUGGAGCACACGGUGUCUGCUGAGGAGCUGAGCUACCAGCUGCCGCGUCGCGCCGGAGGCAGCAACCUGACCUGGCACGACGGCCGCGGCCAGAAGACAGCGCACACACGCACUGUCAAACUAUUGCAGCAGCCCGGCACUGAGGGCAUCCAGCUGCGUCCAGGUGAAGCCUUCACUGUGUAUCACACCAGUCCUACGCUGUCCAGUCUGUCCAAACCUGUGGUGCUGUGGACUCAGCAGGAUGUCUGCAAGUGGCUUAAGAAACACUGUCCUCACAACUACCUGACCUAUGUAGAGGCCUUCUCCCAUCACGCCAUUACAGGACGUGCUUUGCUGCGUUUGAACGGGGAGAAGCUGGAGAGGAUGGGAAUCGUCCAGGAGACGCUGAGGCAGGAGGUCCUCCAACAAGUCCUGCAGCUGCAGGUCAGAGAAGAGGUUCGCAACCUGCAGCUCCUUAGUAGAACCUCCUUUGGAAAUUUCUCUUAG